AAGCCCCGCCCCUUCUGAAUAAAAACAAUGAGAGAGCACUCAUCUGUCAGAGUUGUGUGCUGUGUCUCUGUGGACACACUCAUGGCCACGUCCCGCCUCCUGCUGCUGAUGUGGACCUGCUGCGUCCUGCCAGAUGUAGACAUUUGCUUCAACUUCAACACAAAGCACUUGAAGAUCUUCUCCGGUUCAGAGAAUUCCCAGUUUGGCUACACAGUCCAGCAGCACCAGGCAGGAGGACAACAAUGGCUGCUUGUUGGUGCCCCCCUCGAGUACACGGGCAAGCAGCAGACGGGCGAUGUGUUCAGGUGUCCGUUGGAUAAGGGAAACUCCACUAACUGCAGCCCACUCAACUUGGGAAGACUGUCCCUGGAAAAUGUGUCGGAGAAGAAAGAUGGGAUGCGUCUGGGAAUCACGCUGAGCUCUGAUCCCCAAGACAGCAGCUUUGUGACAUGCGGGCCACUCUGGUCUCACGAGUGUGGAAGCUUCUUAUACAGCACCGGGAUCUGUAUCCGCGUCGAACAAAACUUCCAAAUGUCAGACACCAUUGCUCCUGCCUUCCAAAGAUGCGAGACCUUCAUGGACUUGGUGAUUGUUGUGGAUGGCUCUAACUCCAUCUAUCCAUGGUCUGAUGUCAGGGACUUUGUCACAAACAUCCUCAACAAGUUCAACAUCAGCCCACAGCAGACACAGGUGGGCGUAGUGCAGUACGGGUCCAAGGUGGUUCAUGAGUUCCGACUGGGCGAGUACCAAACAUCAGAAGAGGUGCUGGAGGCUGCCAGGAGCAUCCAGCAGAGGGGCGGUGAGGAGACCAGGACGGCAUUGGCCAUCGACGUGGCAAGGUCACAGGCGUUCCAAAGUGGAGGCCGCCCUGGUGCUCAUAAGGUGAUGAUUGUAAUCACAGAUGGAGAAUCUCAUGACAGCCCUCAGCUUGUGGACGCCGUCACCGCCAGCGAGCGGGACAACAUCACCUUGUAUGCUAUUGCGGUUCUGGGGUACUACAACCGGCGGGGGAUCAACCCGGAGGCGUUUCUCAAUGAGAUCAAGUUCAUCGCCAGCGACCCGGACGAGUCACACUUCUUCAACGUGACGGAUGAGGCGGCGUUGAAGGACAUCGUGGACGCUCUUGGAGAGAGGAUCUUCUCUCUGGAGGGAACCAGCAGUCUGGGUCAAGGUUUUGGCCUGCAGAUGGCACAGGCGGGAUUCUCCUCACACGUGGUCCAGGAUGGAAUUCUGCUCGGAGCCGUUGGCGCUUACAACUGGAAUGGUGCCGUGCUGAAGCAGGCCAAACAUCAGAAGGUGGUUCCUCCCAAAUCCGCGUACAGCAAUGAAUUUCCAGAGGAGCUGCAGAACCACGGAGCCUAUCUUGGUUACUCAUUGGGGUCGCUGCUUUCCUCCGGUGGAUCUCAAGUGUUUGUGGCUGGAGCUCCAAGGUUCAACCACAGUGGGAAGGUUAUCACAUUCACCUUGGACAACAACGGUAACAUGACCAUUCUGCAGGCGCUGCUGGGAGAACAGAUUGGCUCGUAUUUCGGCAGCGUGUUGUUAACGAUGGACGUUGACAGAGAUGGCCAAAGUGAUAUCCUCCUGGUGGCAGCACCCAUGUACUGCAGUCAUGGCUGGGAGGGAGGAAAAGUUUACAUCUACACCGCUACACCUCAGGCUCCACUAGUCCUGCAGGGGGUACUGUUGCCCGACGUCUCUGACAACUCCCGCCUGGGCUCGGCGCUGGCCCAGAUUUCCGACAUGAACGCAGACGGCUUCAAUGAGCUGGCGGUGGGCGCACCGCUGGAGGAUGACCACCAAGGGGCGGUGUACAUUUACUCCGGCCACAAGAAAGGCAUCAGGCAGCGGUACAAGCAGCGCCUAUCGGCAGCCAGCAUCUCUGCAGGUCUGAACUACUUUGGGCGAAGUAUUCACGCAGUUCUGGACGCCAACGAUGACGGCCUAGUGGACCUGGCGGUGGGAGCGCUGGGAGCCGCCGUUGUCAUGUGGUCACAAGAGGUGGUGCGACUUCAGGCCACAUUGACCUUUGAGCCUGAGAAGGUCAAUGUCUUCGAUAAGCAUUGUUGGCGAGGAAACAAGCUGGUCUCGUGCAUGUCAGCCAUCAUCUGUCUGCAUCUUAACUCCACCACCUCAUCCAGGAUCGAUGAGGUCGCCGUGUGGUUCACUCUGACGCUGUAUGAAAAUCGUUUCCCUCCCCGAGCACUUCUGGAUCCUGUGGAUCGGCAUCAGCCUAAAACGUUGUUCGUAAGAACAGGAAGUUCUCAGUGCCAACGUCUGGGCUUCACUGUGCAGGACACGAUGGAUUACGGACGUCCAAUCCCAGUGACCUUGGAGUCGGGGCUUUGGAAGUCAGAUGACGGGCCGGUGCUUGACCCAGACUCACCCAACAUUCUCAAGACUGAGCUUCCAUUCUGGAACGGAUGUGUGCAGGAAGACGCCUGCGUCCCCGACCUAAACAUUAGGAGUAGCACUGACCUCAUGGAUGCAAAACAGUUCUGCAGGUCAAAAGAGGGUGCCAGCUGGUCGCUGUGCAACCAGCAGGUGACGAUGAAGGAACAUGUCUUUGUCGUGGAGUCCAGGCGGAGGAGAGUGCUGCUGUCUGCCCAGAUGCAGAACACAGGGGAGAGCGCCUACAGAACCUCCAUCAACGUCACCUCCUCUGAGAACCUCGUCUUCUCCAGCCUCUUAGUCAAGGAUCAAUCAGAUAUUCAGAUUGAGUGCUUGGCUGUGGACCCGCUGACCAAUCAGAGGAAAUGUAACGUCAACGCUCCAUUCAUGAAGUCCUCUUCUCAGGUGUCUUUCCGUGUGGAGUUUGAGUUCAGUCAUUUUGUUUUUCUGGACCACCUUCGCAUCAUCGUGGUAACCAGCAGUGAAGGAGAAGAUGCGUUUCCAAAAGACAAUGACAAUGACAUCAUCCUCCCUCUAAAAUACCAAACAGACCUUCUCUUUACCACAGAUCAAAGUCCCAUCCGCUUUGAAAUCCACUCCACCCAGGACGAGGACACUCUUCCCUCCUUCAACAUGUCCUUCUACAUCCAGAACACGGCCUGGUUCCCCGUGCGGGACAUCCUCUUCACUGCGGACACCUGGGCCACGAGUCUCCAAGGCAACCGUCUGCUGAGCAUCAGCGAGUGCAGCGUCGAACAGGUGAGAAACAGCGGUAGCUCCGCCUUGAUGCUGGACUCUAGCCUCUCGUCUCUGCAGGCCGUUGCCGCGUGUGUCCUGCCACCAGCCGCGGCCGCCAAUCAGGUGACAGCAGAGGACCUGAGUCACCUGACUCAGAUGAACCAGAGUAACAGUGGCAACAUGACAGUCCAGUGCAGACUGGAUAUUCCUGCCUCCAAACAGGUUAAAGCCACCCUCACAGGUACACUCCACAGACCUGUCCUCCAGGCGGUCAUCUUCAAGUCACUGGAGGUGCUGGUCAGUGCAAGCAUCCGUUUAGAACCUUCUGCUUCAUACUUCCUGCGUGAAGAGCAGCCUGUCCGACAGAUGAUUAUGGAGCUGAGGAAGAACCAGGAUGCUGAUGCCCUUCCGGCCAGACUAGUCCUGGGAAGCUCAGUGGGAGGUCUGCUUCUGCUGGCGUUGCUAGUGCUGGCUCUGUGGAAGCUCGGCUUCUUUAACAGGAAUAGAAAGAGUCAGCGGGAGGAGUCGAAGGUGCCGGCAGCCAACGGGAAGCAGGCAGAGGGGUUGUGAUAACGUGUGUGGCUGCUCGGUGACAGGCUUACUGUCAUUGCUGAUGUUCAUAUUCUUUGUGAGGUGGCGGACCUUGCAUCUUUAAAGGACAGGCUGACCAUCCCUUCCUGGCGACACUCAAGUCAAGUCACUCACCAAGGCCCCUUGGUGGCUGGCUGCUUGCACUGCAGGCCCGGCCACAUUAAAAGGGACCUAUUAUGCUUUUUCCACUUUCCUGACCUAUAAAUGUUCUAUUCUCAUGUUAAACAAUGAGGUUUGCACAUUUAGAAGUUUGGGAUGGCUGUGAACGCUCGGUUUCAGAGAGCUCACUGUGACACAGACUUCCUUAUAUGGGAAAAUCACAGUGGCAUGCCUGGAGGCCGGCCAUGCAGGGAAUAAAUUAAAACAUACCAUUUUGGAUAUCCAAGGAAAUACAGUUGCAAUAGGUGCAGAUUCUGGAAGAUCUGGAAAGCUUUCUGUGCAGGUUAUCGUGUCUUGCUGCUCUAUAGGAGUGCACAACUCAAAACAUUUGUAUAAUAGGUCCCCUUUAAGGAAGUUAUACAAGGUGGCGUACUUGUCAAUCAAAUGGUAGUCCUGCCUGGGAACAAUUCCUUGUUAGUCAUUGCUAGGUACAUUUUAAUCCAAAUUCUACCCCUUAACGCCAGUCAUACUUAAGAAGUAAGCAAAAUACCAUUUAAAAAAAUUCUCACUCUUUUAAUGAGUUUUCAGUUUUCUUGCGUGUAGAUUAUUUUUACAGUUUGUGAAUACAACAUGUUUCACACAUCUCAUUGGGAGUUACAAUGUUAAUAUUAAACACUGCCCCCUGCUGGACAACACAACAAAAAGCAGGUUCGAGGCACUUCGCAGGGCUGGAUGUGAUGCAAUCUACUCCACAAAUUAAAUGGUACACAAUCAGCUUGUCACGAGGAUUAAAAAUCAAUACGAAAAAGAAUCUGCAACUCUUCCACACAUGUGAGUUAACUUAACUUGUGGGCGGAGUUAUUGAGUGAUGGUUUGGUCAGUGCGUAGCAUCGUCACAGGCAACGCUAGCUUCCUAGCGAACGUUCACUUUAAAGAAAAAAAAAACCCAAACAACAAAUUAAACAUGAUAAAUAAUGCUAAAGUGAUGCAUGCCAAAGUGAAUGCUAGCAUCAGCGCUAACAUAGCACGUGACCAUGAACUGUUUCUGAAUGACAGUGCAGCAAAGACACUUUAA